AUGAUUGAUACUUAUAACUUACAAGAUAAUGAAUGGUUGUCCGGUUUGUUUGAGAACAGAGGUCGAUGGGUACCAUGUUAUUUGAAAAUGACUUUCUGGGCGGGGAUGUCAACUACUCAGCGUAGUGAGAGUGUAAAUGCGUUCUUCGAUGGAUACGUGCAUUCUAAGACGUCAUUGAAGCAGUUUGUAGAACAAUAUGAACGAGCACUGCGAAGGAAGAUUGAGAAGGAAUUCCAUACAGAUUUCAAGUCGUUUUCGCAAAUGGUGCCGUGUGCAACGAAAUAUGAAAUGGAAAAGCAAAUUCAGGCAGUUUAUACCAUAGCCAAAUUUCAAGAAUUUCAAAAUGAGAUAACUGGUAAAGUGUACUGUGAUGUCUUAAGUGCAUCUGACGAGUGUUCGGGGAGGAUGUAUGAGGUUGAGGAGGAUAUCAUUUACGAAGGCAAGGUGAGGAAGAAAAAAUUCACGGUACUGUUUCGUGCGGAGGACUGCGAUAUUGUUUGCAGUUGUCAUUUGUUUGAGUUCCGAGGAAUUUUGUGUAGACAUGCCAUCUCAGUGUUGAUGCGUAACGGCAUCUCAUCACUAUCGGAUCGGUACAUAUUACGGAGAUGA